AUGAGUGAUGGGAAACACUGGUGCGCCACCACCAGCAACUAUGACACGGAUGAGAAAUGGAUGUACUGCAAUGUCACAGGGCCAGAUUCAAAGGCAGAGAGUCCAACGUGUGUUUUCCCCUUCAUUUACAAGGGCCUAUCCUACAGCACAUGCACUUCAGAAGGCAUGAGCGAUGGGAAUCUUUGGUGUUCCACCACAAGCAACUAUGAUGUGGAUAAGAAAUGGGUGUACUGCAAUGUCACAGGGCCAGACUCAAAUGGAGAGGGUCCUUCCUGUGUAUUUCCAUUCAUUUAUAAUGGCAAGUCCUACAGUGCAUGUACCACUGAUGGCAUGAGUGAUGGGAAAUGCUGGUGUGCUACCACCAGCAACUAUGAUUUAGAUAAGAAGUGGAUGUACUGUAAUGACACAGGGCCAGAUCCAGAGAUAGAGAGUCCAACGUGUGUCUUCCCUUUCAUCUACAAGGGCCUAUCCUACAGCACAUGCACUUCAGAAGGCAUGAGUGAUGGGAAACUCUGGUGUGGCACGACAAGCAACUAUGAUGUGGAUAAGAAAUGGGUGUACUGCAAUGUGACAGAGAUAAGAAGGGGAGGGAACAGAGGCAGGAAAGGCAACCAUGUUAGAUCACUACUCGGUACAAUUUAUUUUCUGGAUAGAUUGCCCAUACAAUGGCCUGAUGAGAGUGUGGAAAGCCCGCCUUGUGUCUUCCCAUUCAUCUUCAAGGGCAAGUUUUACCUCAGCUGCACUGCAGAUGGGCGGAGUGAUGGGAGUCUCUGGUGUGCAACCACAAGCAACUAUGAAGCUGACAAGAAAUGGAAGUUCUGCCAGGACUCAGGGCCAGACUCAGAUGGAGAGGGUCCUUCUUGUGUAUUUCCAUUCAUUUACAAUGGCAAGCCCUACAGUGCAUGCACUACUGAUGGCAUGAGCAAUGGGAAAUGCUGGUGUGCUACCACCAGCAACUAUGAUUUAGAUAAGAAGUGGAUGUACUGUAAUGACACAGGACCUGACAAGAGUUUGGAAAGUCCACCUUGCACCUUUCCAUUCAUCUUUGAGGGGAAAUUGUAUGUCCACUGCACUGCAAGUGGGCGGAAUGAUGGGAGGUUGUGGUGUUCCACCACCAACAACUAUGAUGUCGACAAGAAAUGGAAGUUCUGUGAGGAGGACUCAGGGCCAGAUCCAGAGGUAGAGAGUCCAACGUGUGUCUUCCCUUUCAUCUACAAGGGCCAAUCCUACAGCACAUGCACUUCAGAAGGCAUGAGUGAUGGGAAACUCUGGUGUGGCACGACAAGCAACUAUGAUGUGGAUAAGAAAUGGGUGUACUGCAAUGUGACAGGACCAGAUAUAAGCAAGGAAGCUCCCAAAUGUGCCUUUCCAUUCAUCUUUGAGGGCAAGUUGUAUAUGAAUUGCACUGCAAGUGGGCGGAAUGAUGGGAAGCUGUGGUGUUCCACCACCAGCAACUAUGAUGUCGACAAGAAAUGGAUGUUCUGUGAGGAGGACUCAGGUCCAGAUCUGAAGGUAGAGAGUCCAUCUUGCACCUUCCCUUUCAUCUACAAGGGCAACUCCUACAGCACAUGUACUACAGAGGGCAUGAGUGAUGGGAAACACUGGUGCGCCACCACCAGCAACUAUGACACGGAUGAGAAAUGGAUGUACUGCAAUGUCACAGGACCAGAUAUAAGCAAGGAACCUCCCAAAUGCAUCUUUCCAUUCCUAUUUGAUGGCAAGAAUUACAGCAGCUGCACAGAAGAUGGACGGACUGAUGGGAAGCUGUGGUGUGCCACCACUGCCAACUAUGAUGCAGAUAAGAAAUCAAUGUUUUGCACCAUCACAGAAACAGGCUGUGUCUUCCCUUUUAUCUAUAAGGGGAAACCUUACGAAAGCUGCACCACCCUGGAUAAACAUGAAGGAAAAGCUUGGUGUGCCACCACUCCAGACUACCAAACUGGCUUGAAAUGGAGAUUUUGCAACCAAUUGGACUGUGUCUUUCCCUUCAUCUUUCGUGGCAAGUCAUACGACAGCUGCACCAAAGCAGGACGCUCAGAUAAAAGGAGUUGGUGUUCCCUCACUAGCAAUGCUGACACUGACAACAGAUGGAUUCUGUGCUGAUUCAAGGAGAGGAAGUUCAGCUCUCUUUUCAGUUUGUGUCCAAAGGAGCUGACUAACCAACUACCUGGUCUUGCUGAGAUGUUUGUAGUUUCAGUUUGGAUGUUCCUGACUCUGAACGAUGAGGAUGUCAACGAAAGAGAAGACCAACAAAUGAACCAAGUCCAGCUGUCUUUUUCCUACUUUGAUGAGUUUUGUAGCUGGGAAUAAAAAAUCUCUCAGACUUCCAA